ACAUCUGCAUGGAGUCGAGAAGAAGGCAUGGGCGUGGUAGCUGACCCGGGAACAAGUGUGCCCUGGGAACAAGCUGCUGGAGUUGGAGGACAGCUGAUACAGCAUGCACAGACUUUGAAGAACAUUCACAACUACUUCAAAAACCUUGAAAGUCGGCGCUGUUGCAUGAGUUUAGCGGGCAGACAGACCGUCUUCAGUCAUAUGAGAGUCGUGAGACAAGAUGGAGAUUCCAGUCUAGAAGAAGGUGCUAUGUCAGCAACCAAACGGGGAGUCAGAAUAUCCCACAGACACCUCAGUGAUAAGGAGUUUCGGCUGUACAAAGUUGCCCUGGUCUGUGCCCAGUUCCCUGUGCUCAGUGCCCCCGACCCCCCCUCCACGCCCCACACCCCCUCCCCCUCCUCCCAACGUAAGUUCCAGUUCCCCCACAAGCCCACCCUCACCCCUAUCCCCUCCAGCCCCCUCCCGAACUCUGACCCACAAACCACAGGGGUCGGAAGUCAAAGGUCAACAGUCAAGGGGUCGGCAGGUCAGGGGUCAGGAGGUGGGAGUUCAGACGAGGAUAAGUUGACCUCUCCUGUGCAGCCGGAGGCCCUGUGUGAACUGGUGAGGCAGGCGUUUGGGCUGAGUCAGGAGAGACAUCUGCAGUACACUCGGCUCAUACGGGACGAGACUAACACCAAAAGUACUGCUAAGCUGCUAGUGGAGGAGCUUGUUGGCCAGCUGUCCAUCCUAGAAAACAACAGCCACCAGUUCUACAGUCCUCAGGCCUUCCUGAGCACGAACGCGUACGACUUUUGGCAGCAGACAGAGCGACAGAACAUCACCAGACUGAUCGGGAAGUUCUGGCACUUCGCCCUCCCCCCUCCCCUGCCCUCCACUCACAAGUACCUGAGGGACCAUCACACCGACUACAAAAACCUCAUGGCUAAACUCAUCAAAUAUGAGGAGGCGUGUAAGGAGGAUCUGAGCUCCUCAGGAGAAGACAAACCCCAGAGUAUCCUGUCUUCAACUAGCAAACGGCUUCUCAAGGAGUUCUCUCUCAGAUAUGGGGUGGGAGAACUCUUCACUAGGAUUGUGUACCUGGAACACCUCACUAAUAACCUUGAGCAGAGCUGGGACACGUGGUACAUCCAGCAUGUGACGGAGUCGCUGAGUAAAAUCAUGGAGAUCCUGCCUGUCCACGCCGGCACCAUGGUCACUGUCAAACAAGAGCUGACAGUACUAGAGAACUCUGUGAUGCUGCUGCAUGGCCAGUGUGGGAACGCCUUCACCCGCAUCAAACGGCUCUUCAAGGAAAACAAACCGCCGCAUGCUGUCGCCUCCCUGAUUGACCUGCUGGAGGUUGUGCUGAAUGUAAAAGAGCUACUGACUGGUCGGAAGAUGCGGGGAGUCCAGAAGUGGCUGGUCCAGUACGCAAAGGAACGUCUGGCCCUGAGCUACGAGAGGCACAAGACACUGGCUCAGAACGAGCUGAAGCUGCACACCUAUGGGCCUGGACUGUCUCCUAAACUGUUAAACAUUUUGUUGAUCAACAUCCGUGAUGAGAUCCAAGACUACAAGGAGAACUUCCAGCAAGUGUUCUCCAAGUACUUUGACAUGGUCCAGCUUGCUGCUACAGAGUACUACAGCUUCUUCAUGGAGGAUGUUGUCACCAUGUGUGAACAGGGCCUCGGGUCUCCUGACAUUGAGCAGGAUCGCCUGAUGUUGAGCCUGGCUUACCGGUUGAACCAGCUGGAUGAAGACCUGGCCAACUACAUACAUCCCAGUCAGCAGCGCUGGCGGCGCUCGUUCCUGACGCAGGCCCUCCAUUGGCUGGAGGUGAUGAAGGAAGACGUACAGACACUGGUGGUGCAGGCUGUGGGGGCGGACAAGUACAAGCCUCUAACAGUCAUGGACAAGAACAUUCCGACUAAGGUCAUGCUUCACCAUCUCAGGUCAAGGGUCGGCAGGUCGUUGACCCCCUCCCUCCACUCUGCGUUCAACAGCGUGACCUCUUCCAUCACUUCUUCACCAAAGAUGCACACCCCAAACUCUGCUUCAUCUACACCCAAACCACCCAGCUCCGAGGGAACGCUCUCGCCCAAUCAGGAGCGAGGUAACCAUCAUGUGACUCUAUCAGCCAAUGAGAAGCUUCCACCACCAGGAAUGCCCCAGAGGAGCAUGAGUUUGCCAGAUGAUUUGCGUGAUGAUGACGAUGAUGAUGAUGAGAAUCAGUCUUCAUUGUCGUUCAGGACUGACCCUGGCCGGCAUGUGUCUCUACCCGUCGGUAGCUACGAGACCGCCUCAGAGAAGAUGUCCAUUGCCUCAAUGCUCAUCGAGGUGUCCACAGUGGAAAACAUGGAAGAUGACAGUCAAGAGAAGAAUGGGGACAUGCCAGUGUCAAAUGCUGCUGAUGCUACUACAGCGUCCUCCGAGUCAACUCUAGUAGAUACACAGAUCCAGCCAGACCUGCAGCAGCACUCUGCCAAUUCCACCCUAGUGGCAGAAGACUCCGGUAACAAAACACCAAAAACUGUGAAGAGAGACAAGCAGUCUUCCAGAAGAACUUUGGAAUCUGCAGAUUACGGAAUGGACUUGGACUCGAGCGAAGACUCCUGUAGUUCAGACGACGAGUUCAGGUUUUUUGAGGACUACCAGAAAGGCCAGAAAGCUGCAACGCAACAAACAGCAGCAAGUGGAUCUGAAGACAACUCUGAAGACCAGCACGUCGGACUGCCACCUCUAGAGUUUGUGAGCCUUAUGGAGGGUUUCCAAGGGUUCUCUUCUAGUGACAUGCCUAUCAAAAGGCCUGAGGCUUUGGCAGCAAGCAACAAGUCAACGGAUUCUACCAAAGUUGAUAGAACUCUGGGGACAGACACAGUGAAAGAGGGUCAGAGUAGGACUUCAAACUCCACAGACAAACCCCUACCAGAAGGCUUACAGAAUGGUAUAGACAGGGACAGGACGUACAGUGGGAGUGUUGACGACAGUUUCGCCAGUCUGUCCAGUUUCGACACCGCGACAGAUUCAGACAGCAGGGAGGGAAAGAUCAAGGUGCUUCCAUUGUCGGCGUCGUAUGUGGAUGUAAUAUGUAUGAUCAGGAGAGUAGCUGAGUUUGUGGAGACACUGUGUAAGGUUCUGUGUCCGGAUGAGUCCAUUCUCGUCCCCAUCUCAGAGGUGGAGACUGAUGCGGAAGAGGUCAUAGGUCAGCAGGACGGACUGGAAGAUGCUCACAAACUGGUCACAGAAAUCAGAUAUGGACUGUACCAAAAGCUGCUUCAGGUCUUUUCGUCAGUGCUGUGCCUGUAUGGAGACAACCUUCUCUGCCUGGACCUGUGUGCAACACCAGACCAUGUUGCCAGGGAACUGCUGGGCACCAUGAUGGUUCUGCACCUGAUGGGAGAGAAGGAGAACUAUGCGACGUGGGGCUGCCGACACAUGCUGACCGGCAUGACCAGCUGCUUCCAGUACCUCAGCAAACAGGCAAACUACCUGUGUGACAGCUUCGAACCCGUCACGGAAGAGAUGUGUGUUCGUAUCAACAACAUCCAUGCCCUUCUGGACGUGCUGCCCAAGGUCGACGAGCUGCUGCACAAGGCCGUCGGCAGCAUCAGCUGCAAGGACAGCCGCUGUCAGGAUGCUGUCAAUGAAGACUACGUAGUAGUGGACCUGUGCACCCCUGGCACCCCCUCCACCUCCCCCUGGACAGACAGUGACCGGGAUGGCACCGGUCACAGCAGCAGCACCCCCCACCCCAGUCCCACCAGGCAGGUCAGCAACGGUCAGAGGUCGGCAGGGGAAGGGUCACCGGGUCAGAGGGCGUCUGAGAGGAGGUCGUCGUCGGGUCAGAGGUCGGGAAAGCGAGGGAAUCGUUCUGCGUACGUUCCGUACAGAGCGGUGGCUGUCUGCCACGUCAGGUGGCACCUGCACAGGGUCAGGAACGGACUGAUCAGGCUUCUUGCUUACAAGAUAAACCUGUUCUUCCACCAGGCCCUGUCCCUCCUGUUGUCCCUCCCCCUGUACGGUUACACCAUCCAGCAGCGGCUACAGCCAUUGGUCGAGUUCCUGUCCAAUCACUUCCAGGCCUGCUCGGACUGGCUGUACUCCGACUGCGUGCCCAAACUGCAGAAGUCCAUCUGGGAACUCAUCGUGAAGGACUUUGAAGAGGAGGCAGCCAAACUGAAGCAUGAGAAAAACUCUGCAGCUAAAGCCAAGACUCUUCUUCAGGCUGUUGCAUUCCUGGUGCAGUUUGUACAUGCAGAGGGACAAGGGCUGGACCUGGAGAACCUCAUGGCACCUGCUGAGGGAGUGUUGAGUGAGCUGGAGUGGUACACCGUGCCAACCAGACAACUGAUAUCACAGUACAGGAGACUAGCUGCAGAGGAUUUCGUGCCUUCGCGGAGACUGAGCUCGCAGAGCGUGAGCCUGCCCAGCCUGGAGGUUCUGUACUGGAUGCGGCACGAGAUGCACGCCGUGCGGAAGUGUUUCUCCGGGAGACAGCUGGUGGACUGGCUGUUACGGCACAGCCGCCUGCUGACACAGGACCGCCCCGCCACCUGGUACAACCGGAGUGCUUCAGAGGAGGAGGAGGAGGAGAUGGAGGAUACGUAUGAUGAGGAAGAUCCAGAUGACGAUGAAGAAGAUGAUGACCUCGAGCAGAAAGCGAUCCUGCUGUGUCAGGCAUUCCUGGACAGCGGUGUCAUCAGGUCUGUACUGGAGGACAACAGCAGAGCAGGGAGUAACGUCCUGAGUGAAAACUCCAGCCUGGCGGGUCCCCUACCAGAGUUAGUGGUGGUGAGUCGGCCCACCUCUGUACUAGCCACAGGUACCGCUGCACAGACUGGGACUGGGCAACCUGACCUGUCCGAGGUGGAGGAAGGACACUUGUCAGAGUCCAGCCAACCGGAGGACAAGCGGGUGUCUUCCCUGUUAAACAGCAGCCGGCUCCGCUCCGUCUCGGAGUCUGACCCCGAUUCCAGCUACCACUUCCCUGAGCGGCUGGAGGGUGGUGACCCGCGCGUCACACCUGGGCUCCAAACCCCGGACAACGAUCCCGACGUGUUCGCCAGCACCGAGACCCACCUGUACCGCUUCACUGACAUUGAGGUGUGGAGAGUCAAGAGGAACAACACAGAAGACCAGCCGGUGCCCAACGACGGAGCCAGUGCUGGGGCCAGAGACCGGAAGGACCUCAAAUGUCACAAGCCAGAUUUUCUGUUGGAUAUCCUACAGACAAGGCGAGGGACUGACGACGUGGCAAAGAAGUUUCUGAGAGAUUUAGCCAGAGGGAUGCAGCAGGAACAACAGGAUGGACCUGUUGGCUGUCUAGAUAUAUUCUGGCAAUAAUGACAACUGCAACUGAGUCCAGUACAUAGAGUAUACUUAGGAACUUUUCAUCUACAUGUAGGUAAGGACAAUCCAUCUGUUGGGUUUAUG